AUGGAGUACUACGACCUGGGCACCCAUUCUCGCUCCGUCACCACCGCCAGCAAGGACGCGCAGACAUGGUUCGACCGCGGCCUGGUCUGGAGCUACGGCUUCAACCACGAGGAGGCCGCCAAGUGCUUCGAGCAUGCCAUCGCGGCAGAUCCGGACUGCGCCAUGGCCUACUGGGGUCUUGCCUACGCGCUGGGCCCCAAUUACAACAAGCCGUGGGAGGCCUUUGAGGAGGGCGAGCGCAAGUCGGCCACGCAGCGCACGCACGAGGCCGUUGAACAGGCGACGGCGCUGGCCCAGGACCACCACGCUUCGCUCUCGUCCGUGGAGCAGCAGCUCAUACACGCUCUGCGCUACCGCUACCCGCAGAAAGAGACGCCUGAUGCGGGUGAAGACGGGAAGAAGACGGCCAUCUGGAAUGCAGACUAUGCCGAUGCCAUGGGCGGUGUUGCCGCCAAGUUUCCAAACGAUCUGGACGUUGCGACGCUGUAUGCCGACGCCAUGAUGAAUCUCACCCCAUGGGCGCUCUGGGAUAUCCGCACGGGAAAGCCCGCCGAGGGCGCCAGGACACUCGAAGUGAAGAAAGUCCUGGACCACGCUCUAUCCCUCCCCGGCGGACGCCAGCAUCCCGGUGCUCUGCACAUGUACAUCCACCUCAUGGAAAUGUCCACCACGCCGGAUGCCGCCCUCCCCGCGGCCAAUGCCCUCCGCGGCUUGGUCCCCGACGCCGGUCAUUUGAACCACAUGCCGAGCCACAUUGACGUUCUCGUCGGGGACUACGCCGCGGCCGGCCGCGCCAACGCGGCCGCCGUCGCCGCCGACGAAAGGUUCCUGGCCCGCGAGGGCGCCCUCAUGUUCUAUACGCUCUACCGCAGCCACGACUACCACUUCCUGCUCUACGGCGCCAUGUUCUCCGGCCAGUCGGCGCUGGCGCUCGACACCGUGGCCAGGCUCGAGUCGAGCAUCUCCGAGGAGCUGCUGCGCAUCGAGUCGCCGCCCAUGGCCGACUGGCUCGAGUCGUUCCUCGCCAUGCGCGUGCACGCCCUAAUCCGCUUCGGGCGCUGGGACGACGUGCUGGCGCUGGAGCUGCCCGAGGACCAGGACCUGUACUGCGUCUGCACAGCGCUCACGUACUACGCCAAGGGCGUGGCGCAUGCCGCUCUCGGAAACGUCGACAGCGCAAGGGAGCAGCAGGCGCUCUUUGAAAAGUCGCGCGCCAACGUGAAGGAGUCGCGCACUCUGUUCAACAACCAGUGCACCGAGAUUCUCAAAGUCGGCGCGGCGCUUCUCAGCGGCGAAGUCGAGUACCGCGCUGGAAACCACGAGAAUGCCUUUGCGCAUCUCCGCGACGGCAUUACCCUGUAUGACAACUUGCCGUAUGACGAGCCCUGGGGCUGGAUGCAGCCGGUGAGGCACGCGUAUGGUGCGUUGCUUCUUGAGCAAGGGUGUGUGGAGGAGGCCCUGGCUGUCUACAGAGCCGAUCUGGGCAUAGACGACUCUGUGCCUCGUGCGCACCAACACCCGCACAAUGUAUGGUCCCUGCAUGGAUUUCAUGAAUGUCUAGUCAAGCUUGGGAAGAAGGAUGAAGCAGAAGACGUUGGCGAAAAAUUGAAGGCUGCGCUGGAGCUGGCCGACGUACCCAUCAAGUCGUCGUGCUUCUGCAGAACCAAAGUUUAA